GGCGGGGGCUCGGGGAGGGGGGGCACAUCACCCGGCUGCAGGCCCUUCCAGCAAAAGCCACCGCGGCGCGGGCUGCAGCGGCCAGACGGAUGCCAAGGCCACACGGCAGGCGCGGGGACAGCCGCCGUCCCACGCGGGCUCCGGACACCGGGGGCUGCUGAUGAAGUGAUUGAGAAGAAACAGUGAACACCUUCGUUCUGUGGAAAGGACAACAUGGAUCAGCCAUUUACUGUGAAUUCUCUGAAAAAGUUAGCUGCUCUGCCUGACCAUACGGAUGUCUCCCUCAGCCCAGAGGAGCGAGUCCGUGCCCUCAGCAAGCUCGGGUGUAAUAUCACCAUCACUGAAGAUAUCACCCCACGCCGCUACUUUAGAUCUGGAGUAGAGAUGGAGAGAAUGGCGUCAGUGUAUUUGGAAGAAGGAAAUUUGGAAAAUGCCUUUGUCCUUUAUAACAAAUUUAUAACCUUGUUUGUAGAAAAGCUUCCCAGCCAUCGAGAUUAUCAGCAAUGUGCAGUCCCAGAAAAGCAGGAUAUUAUGAAGAAACUGAAGGAGAUUGCAUUCCCAAGGACAGAUGAAUUGAAAAAGGACCUUUUAAAGAAAUAUAACAUAGAAUACCAAGAAUAUUUGCAAAGCAAAAACAAAUACAAGGCGGAAAUUCUCAAACAACUGGAGCAUCAGAGCCUGAUCGAGGCCGAAAGGAAGCGGGUGGCUCGGAUGCGCCAGCAGCAGCUGGAGUCUGAGCAGUUCCUAUUUUUCGAAGACCAGCUCAAGAAGCAGGAAUUAGCCCGGGGUCAGAUGCGAAGCCAGGAAACCCCGGCGCUGGCGGAGCAGAUUGACGGGAGCGCUUUGUCCUGCUUGUCCGCGCAGCGGAACAGUGCCCUGCUGAAUGUGUUCGCAGACCAGCCUCCUAAGAGCGAGGCGGCCCCUGACGCCAGGCACUCACCUCCCGUAAACCGGGCUUUAAAGCCCGCGGCCGCUCUGAGCGCCGUGCACAAUUUAGUGGUCGAAGGACUGCGGUGUGUAGUUUUAUCAAGAGACCUUUGCCAGAGAUUUCUGUUGCUGGCAGAAUCUAACACACUCAGAGGAAUAGAAACCUGUGGAAUACUCUGUGGAAAACUGACACAUAAUGAAUUUACUAUCACCCACGUAAUUGUGCCAAAGCAGUCUGCGGGGCCGGACUACUGUGACGUGGAGAAUGUGGAAGAAUUAUUUGGCGUUCAGGACCAACAUGGCCUCCUCACACUGGGAUGGAUCCACACACACCCGACCCAAACUGCGUUCUUGUCCAGUGUUGAUCUUCACACUCACUGUUCCUAUCAGCUCAUGCUGCCAGAGGCUAUUGCCAUUGUUUGUUCACCAAAGCAUAAAGACACUGGCAUUUUCAGACUCACCAACGCUGGCAUGCUCGAGGUUUCUGCUUGUAAAAAGAAGGGUUUUCAUCCACACACCAAGGACCCCAGGCUGUUCAGUAUAUGCAAACAUGUGUUGGUAAAAGACAUAAAAAUAACCAUGCUGGAUCUAAGGUGAUGUGUUCCGAAGAUUAGCACCGUCGACCCCAGACACCUACCCGUGGACGUGCGGUUGUGGAUUUUCUUAAGACGUUUCCUGAAGUGACUGAUAUUUUGUAUUUAUACAUUUUAGAUCAGAAAGUUUGAUAUUUAUUGUUCUUGCCCAUGUUGAAGUUUCCUUUCUGGGUUGCUCUGUCUCUGGAGAAGCACAGUUGGGUUCCAUCAAUAGCUGUGAAUGCGCCCAGAUACUACAACCACACCAUAAAUAAUGCUGCAAACAACAGUACGUCCGGUGUUCGUAGAGGUCUCCGCGCGCGUUUUCAGAGCUUUCCAUGCUUCGCUGUAUUUUUCUUGUCCUCGUUCCUAUUAAAGGUCAUUCCAAACAAGAGAUGCUGAGUACCAGGGGGUCUCUCAGACAGGCCGUCUGUUUCUGCCACGCUUCCCUGUGGUCGAAAAUGAGCAGUUUCCACGUGUGAGAAGAAAUGUGGCUGUAGACGGUAGAGCCGUCUUGUGUUCAAUGUCAAGCUCAGAGAUACGUCUGCAGCGGAUCCUAGUGGAGGAUACCAGAAGAGCGAGCUUCUGUUCAGGGAGGGGUACCAGAGGGCUUGGGGUUAGCAGACGAUUCAUUAAUUUGAUUGAGAGGACUAAAAGCAGAGACGCUUGAGAGAAGAAUGAAAAAAGACUCAGAUGAAAGUGUACAGCUUGUUACCGUGAAAGUUAAUAGGGGCGACGGGAAGAAGAAAUGAAAUGUAGGAAAUAACUGAUAAUUCUCAGCCUAAGAGAAUAAGAAAAUAAUUUGGAAAGUGUGCUUGCAAUUAAAAGCACCUACCUAUAAAUCAAGGCACAGGGAACUGGAAGAAAAAUACCCUUAAGCUGAAUAAGGUGACAUAAAUACAACAUGGUUUUACCGAGGCUUGGAUUGGGAUUUGUGACUGGUAUCUAGAUAAUAAAAGCAUUUACCUGGGUCAAAAGACAGGGAUUAAAUGGAAGGGGAGGUUUGUGGACUACGUUGGCCAGUUGAAUUAGGAGGAAAAACUUUGUGGAGACAGAAUGUGACCAUAUUCAGAGGUAAAACGUUUCAAGGGGCAAUUAAGGGGCGCCUGGGUGGCUCAGUCAUUAAGCGUCUGCCUUCGGCUCAGGUCAUGAUCCCAGGGUCCUGGGAUGGAGCCCCACAUCGGGCUCCCUGCUCCGCAGGAAGCCUGCUUCUCCCUUUCCUACUCCCCCUGCUUGUGUCCCCUCUCUUGCUGUGUCUUUCUCUGUCAAAUAAAUAAAUAAAAUCUUUAAAAAUAAAUAAAAUAAAAUAAAAAAUAAAGGGGCAAUUAAGGUAAAAUGAGGCCACUAGAGGGCCCUAAUCCAAUCUGACUGGGGUCCUUAAUGAAGAAGAGAUUAGGAUGCAGACACAGAGGGAAGACCACGAGAGGACACAGGGAAAAGACAACCCUCUACAAGGAAAGAUGCUUCCAAAGAAACCAGACCUGUCCACGCCUUGAUCCCAGACCUCCAGCCUCCAGAACCAUGAGAAAAUAAAUUUCCACGUCAUCUGAACCACUCAAUCUGUGGUAUUUUAUUAUGGCAAUCCAGCAAACUCAUACAGUACUUAAUAAAUAUUUACUGACGUUGUUUUCUUUUUUCUCUCGCGGGACGGAAUUGGAAAUGACUUUCUUUGUUGUCACGCAGAAAUUACUCUCUUCUCCACAGACCUUGUCAAUUAUAGAAGAGCAAGGCAGGUUUCUGUGGGUUAUUCUCAGCUCCUGAAGGUGCUCCUGGAUUCUUCUGAGAAGUGGUUUGUUUGCGGAACAAUUGGCAUUAUAUUCGAGAUGCAGUGUCAGUGAAGGUCAUAUCCCAGGGCUGGUUCCAUAUCUCCCCCCACUUCAUCCCACGCUGCAGACACACAGGUCAUGCCAGAGACUGUGUUAUUACAACUGCUUGGACUGAGACUGAGGUUUUUAUUGGGGAGCCAGCCACAGUGACCCCAACACGUGGAAAGCAGAUGUUUCUCACCUGGCACGUCUUACAGAAUUAUGUAGUGAGAGAAUGUUCUAUGUGAAGAGGAUGCUUGAGAAAUGUCAAGUGUUGGGCACUGAUCAAGGAAAAGAGGAAAACGUUCAGUUCCUUAUUCUUGGAAUUUAGCAUGUUAUUUGUCACAAAGACAACAAAUAAGCCAAAAAACUCUCCUCUGUUCCUUUAAGAAACGUGUUUCCUUUUCUAGCGUCUUGGCUCUUUGUGAGGCAAGAAUGUCUUUUCCUUGGGGACAGUUGACAAAAACAUUAGUUAGUGGCUCUGAGUCAUCAUACUGAUGUCCGAGAAGACUCUUUUUUUAGUUAUCAAAAGGCACGUCUUCUUUUGGAUUGCUUUGACAAAAAUACCACAGGCUGGGUGGCUUAAACAACAGACAUUUAUUUCUCUCAGUUCUGGAGACCCGAAGUCUGAGGGAAUGCCAGCACGUUUGGGUUCAGAGCUCAUCUCCCUCCAGUGUCUUCUUAUAAGGACACUAAAGUCCCAUCAUCAGGGCUCCACCCUCCUGACUCAGCCACCCCCACACACCAUCACCCUGGGGACUCAAUUUCAACAUACGGAUGUGGGGGCGGGGGAGGGAGGUACAAACAUUCAGUCCAUAGCAAAGCAAGUGCCAAAAAGCUAAUGUUUUAUCCAUUUGCCUUUUUUUUUUUUUUUUGGAAACGUUGCUGUACAUCUGAAAUCCCAUAAUUACAUUAAAAAGAACCAUUCAUGAGAAUGUGAAUAUGUGAAUAGCUGUUAUUCUAGUCCCUGUGAUCUGGUGUUCAAAUGCCUUCAAACAGAUUUACGGAAUUAAGAAGAUAGUUUUCAGUUGAUUAAGUCAUACUAGGUAUUAGUUUCCAAGAACAAAUUUCUCUAAAAGAAAGGGUUGUGUUUUUUUUUAAUUAAAGCAAUAUAUCUUAUAUUAAAGUUUUAUACUUAUGCUUUUAAUCUUACAAUAUUUUUUAUAAUUAAAAUAAUUUAAUAAAAUCCA